UUGCCAUGAGUGCUUUUAUAUUUAUAUUUCAUUCGUAAUCAAAUAAUUUACAAAACGAUAUCGCUCAUGAAUAUAGAUUGUAUCAUUCUUUGAAUCUAUGCAUCUGCAUUAAAAAGAUAAUAAUAGAUUUUUAAGAUGGAUAAAAAUGUGAUAAAAGUUUCCAUUCUGCUUUGUGCCUUUGGAUUUUUCCGAGAGCUGCGUCCAAGUGAACCGUACGUAGCUCAGUUUUACGCAAACGAGAGUUAUCGAAAUGCAACGAUUGAAAAAGUCAAUCGUGAAAUUUAUCCAGCUGGGACUUUUUCUUAUUUAGCUCAAUUAUUUAUAAUAUUUUUGAUUACGGACAUUUUAAGAUAUAAACCAAUUAUUAUUCUUUCUUCAAUUUGUGGGAUCAUUAUGUGGUCUCUGAUGCUGUGGACUGAUGAGUAUUAUUGGCUGCUAGUCAUUCAGAUUUUUUAUGGUACUUACAUGGCUGCUGAGGUAGCUUACUACACCUAUAUGUAUGCAAAAUGUGAUCGAAAAGACUACCAAAAAGUAACUUCUCACACACGAGCCGCAAUCACUGCUGGGAAAUUCCUCUCUGGUUUGAUUGCUCAACUGUUGUACUCUUUUGAAGUAAUGGAUAUCAGAGAGUUGAAUUACAUUUCGUUUGCAACACAAUUAAUUUCUUUGCCGCUCGCUUUUUUACUUCCAUCAGUAUCGACGAGUGUUUAUUUUUAUAAGAACACAGAGUCCAUAGACAACACUAAAUGCAAAAACGAUGCAAACUUACAGCAAAUGGAUAUCAAUCAGAGGAAACAAUUUUCUUCGAGAGAUGCCAUUUUACUCAUAAAGACACAUUUCUUACAGUCGUAUUCAAAUAAAGAAGUUCUUUAUUGGUCAAUUUGGUGGUUUCUCGCAACUGGAGGAUUUAUUCAAGCACAAACUUACGCACAGAUUCUUUGGGAUGAUAUAGAUCAAAAAAAGGAAAUUUUUUACAAUGGUGCUGUGGAAGCCGCCUAUACAUUAGCUGCUACUUUAGCUGCUUUGGCAGCAGGAUUUAUAAAUUUGGAUUUCUUUCAUAGUCAUCAUUUGUGGAUAAUUACUGGAAGCUCUAUUGUAGAAGGACUCCUUAUUAUUUGCGAAGGUUUGAGUAGUACCAUAACGAUUGCGUAUGCAAUUUACAUACUUUUUGGUACCAUGUACCAAUUUAUGAUUACUUUACUAAGUGCAUGUGUGGCUAAUCAAUUGGCGGAUGACAGUUUUGCUUUAAUUUUUGGAAUCAACACUUUUCUAGCGCUAGUCUUUCAGUCAGUUUUUACAGUAAUUUUUGUGAAUAUUUUACAGCUUUCGCCGAAAUAUCAGUACGUUGUUAAUGGUAGUUAUUUCCUGGUAUUAGCAUUCAUAUAUUUAGUUUUAUCAUUGAUAGACAUUUUUGUUUCAAGAAGGAGGAGAGUGUGAAAGAAACCAAGUUUAUAUUACAAAAUUGUCUUUUAAUUCAAUAUAACUCAUUUCAAAAUA